GGUGAUGGAGGUGGCCAAGCAGGUUGCCCCUGGUUACUGUACACUGGCAGUUUCUUCAUUAGGAUGUUGUGUGUUGUCCUGUGUGGACGCGGUGACUAAAGCGGCCCGCAGAGGGCGCUACCGGCGCACUCCGAAAUAAAAUGAAACCGAAUCUUUCCCAUUUCAACAGAAAGCGUCUUUUAUUGUUCCAAGCCACGUUGGGUAAUAUUUAUCUAACCGAGGCUAUUUCAAAACUGUGUGUUAGUGACCAGAAGCAGCUGAUUAUUGACUCCCCCUGUUUCCAGUUAGCCCUCAGUUUGGAAAUCAGUCACACAACAACUGAAGGGGAGGAGGUGAGGACAUCCUUGAGGGGGUUCUUAUCGGCGUUGGAGUUGAAUAUUGCUUACCAUUGACACACUGGUUUAUAGAGGCCUGAAAACAACCCGUGGAUCCAAAGCAGCCUUUGGAUUAGUACAACCUGGUUCUCCUCAGAAUGGUACCGUCAACCGUGAGGCGAACCUUUACUUUGUAAUCAUCCGGAAAUGUUUGAAAUGACGUUUUCUACUCGGCUGUCAAGACGGACUGGGCUUGCUUAUUAUUGAUUAUUGGCAACGCGGCCGUCAAACCAUAGCAGCCCCACAACCGCUCCAGAGGAGUUCUCCCGGUUCUCCACACACCCCGCGGGCCGUGCCCGGGGAGUAGGCCGGGCUACGGGAUGUGUUCGGUGGACAAGCCGCCCGCCUGCAGGCUGUUGCUGGACGACACCGUGCCGCUGGCCGCGGUGAUCGAAGCCAGCCAGACCCUCCAGUCUCACACGGAGUACAUCAUCAGAGUCCAGAGGGGUGUGUCUUCAGAGAACAGCUGGCAGGUGAUUCGUCGUUACAGCGACUUCGACAUGCUACAUAGCAGUCUCCAGGUUUCAGGGAUCAGUCUGUCCUUCCCUCCUAAGAAGCUGAUAGGAAACAUGGACAGGGAGUUUAUAGCAGAGAGACAGAAGGGCCUACAGGCCUACUUGGACUACAUUACCCAUAAUCCCCUGCUUUCCAGCUCAGAAGCUGUCAAGAAGUUUCUGGACCCUAACAGCUACUCCUCCAACUACACAGAGAUCGCCCUCCAGCAGGUGUCCAUGUACUUUCGGUCGGACUCACGGUGGGAGGUGGUGGAACCUCUUAAAGACAUCGGGUGGAGACUCAGGAAGCAGUACUUCCUGAUCCGGAGCCGGGAGCAGCCCAAAGACAGGAACCUGCUGAGCUGGGUGGACCUGGGACCUGAUAAGUUUCUGUCAGAUAAAGACCUGCAGGCAGUCAUGAAGCUGCUGACCUCCAUGAAUCACCCCUGUAUCUGUCCGCUGUUGUUCUCCAGCACCAGUGAGUCUUCAGCCCUGGUCAUCAGACCCUUCAGUGAGAGAGGAACGCUGCGGGACCUCAUCUACAAGGUGAAGGUGAAGGACGUCUUCCUGAAGAAGUACUGUAACCCCAAGAAGAGCGAAGGUCUGGAGCUCCGCCAAAUCCAGCACUACGGACGACACAUACUGGAGGGUCUCCGGUUCCUCCAGGACCAGGGGCUUCCCUACGGCCACCUCCAGUCCUCCAACGUGCUGCUGGAGCAGACGCCCCCGGCGACCUCUGACCUCCUGGCCUGCCGCCUGCUGGACGUGGAGAACAGCCUGCUGGGGCUGCCCGCCUUCUACCGCCCGCUGGUCGCCCUCAACCGCCGCAUCAACACCACAGAGUGUGUAGACGUCUUCUCCUUCGGCCUGGUUCUGUAUGAGAUGACCUACGGCCAUCCCCCCGAGCCCCCCCCUGUGGACCAGUUUCCCCCCUCCCCCCACCCUGCCAUAGUUUCUGUGCUCCAGUCCAUCCUCUCAACAGAAGCGUUUAAAACUGGACCACCGACCGUCAGUCAACUCAUACAGACACAGCUGUUUCGAGACGUCCAGAUGCCACAGUCAGACAAACAGCCGUUUAAGAUCCCCAGCAGACUGAAGGAGGCGCUGCGCUCCUCGAAGGAGCUCCUGGAGAAGAGGCUACAGGAGGAGCAGCGACAGCUGAACCAGCAUCGCCGUCUGACCCGAGCUCAGUCCCACCACGGAUCAGAGGAACAGAAGAAGAGACGCAAACUCCUGGCCCGGAAGAAGUCCAGACAGUCGGCUUAUGAAAACGAAGAGGAAACAUCUGUCAAAUAUAACAACAACUCUGGUUCUGGAGCAAGCUCACCUCCGACGUCGCCCUCACCCCCCACACCCCUCUCGGCCACAGGUCUGUCUGCCUGUCUGUCUGUCUCUGUGUCCGUCUGCUUCUCUGUAUGUCUCUGUGUGUGUCUGUCUGGAUGUAUGUCCGCCUGUAUCUCUGUGUGUCUGCCUGUCUGUCUGCCUUUGUGUGUGUCUGUCUGUGUGCGUCUGUCUGCCUGUCUGUCUGUGUGUCUGUCCGUCUCUCUCUCUCUCUGUAUGUCUGUCUGUGUGUCCGUCUGUCUAGCUGCUCCUGUUGACCAUCUCAAGAGGUCAGAGUAGAUCUGUUAUCAGCAUCGUAACUCGCUGGAAGACGAAACCUUUCUACCUAACCCAGGGUACCAUAUACACAUACUACGUUCUCCUCUCUACUCGUCUCCUUUCUCCUUGUCUCCUCUCUCCUGAUCCAACUUCUCCAUGCUGGGUUUAGUACUGUUGUUUUACUGUAGGGUUGAGUGUACUCUGUAACACUUAAAUAGUACCGUAGCUUAGUAUUUCUCUACAGUACUCGAGAGCAAUCUGUAUUGCAUGGUAUGUAAUAAAGUGUAGUACUUUGUGUGCCUAGUUUGUGUAGUAUUGUUUGUAGCAUGUAUGGUAUAUAGUAUAAUACUAUGUGUCUAGUUUGAUUAGUAUUGCGUGUAGCAUGUAUAGUAUGGUAUGCAGUAUAGUCUAGUUUGUAUAGUAUUGUGUGUAGCAUGUAAGGCAUGUAGAAUAGUACCAUUUGUGUCUAGAUCGUACAGCAUUGUGUGUAGCAUGUAGCAUGUAUAAUAUAGUAUGGUGUGUGUAGUCCAGUGGGUGUAGCACUGUGUGUCUAGUUGACCCGUCUCUCCUCUCUCCCUGCGGCCCCAGAGCAUGCACCGUUCUGAUGGUAAAGUACUCAUGGUGGUGAUGAUGAUGAUGAUGAUGAUGAUGAUGAUGGUCUCUUUAAGCUGCCAUGCAACCUUCCUCCAAGCCACUACCUGGCCCCCUUAUUACUGUUAUGCGUACUACAAGUAUACCACAGUAUCAGAGUACUACCCCUGUUUUGAGUACUUCUAAGGUACUUCUAAAGUACACAGUGGUACUUAAAGCUAACCGUGCUAGCAGCUAGCCGUACUAGCAUCUCACGUACUAACAGCUAGCCCUACUGGCAGCUAGCCAUGCUGGCAGCUAGCCCUACUAGCAGCCACCCGUGCUAGCAGCAAGCCAUACUAGAAGCUAGCCAAACUAGCAGCUACCCAAAGUAGUGCUAGCCAUGCUGGCAGCGAGCCAUGCUAGCAGCUAACAAUGCUGGCAGCUAGCUGUACUAGAAGCUAGCCUAGCCUAACCAGCGUCUGCUUCACGUCCCUUAUAGCAGCUCUUCUUCAUAUCCUUCGUCGUUCUGUGCCAGGGGAACACCUCCGCCCUAAACCUCCAGGUCCUCCUGAAUGAGCUCCACCUCCUCCACUACCUCCUCCUUCCGUCUUUCUGUCCGUCUUCUAUGUUUUCCUGUCUGUCUUUUCUCAGUCCUAAUAUAUAAAUAGAUAAAAAGUUGGGAGGUUCGUUCAGGUAGGAGGGGGGUAGGUUCACCAUGGUAGGAGGUAGGUAGGUUUACCAUGGGUAGGAGGUAGGUAGGUUCACCACGGGUAGGAGAUAGGAUAGGUAGGUUCACCACGGGUAGGAGAUAGGGUAGGUAGGUUAGCCAUGGGUAGGAGGUAGGUAGGUUCACCAUGGGUAGGAGGGAGGUAGGUUCACCACAGGUAGGAGGUAGGGUGGGUAGGUUCACCAUGGGUAGGAGGGAGGUAGG